UAUUACUCGAGUUUUAUGUCGGCCGGUCGUUGAGUGCGCCACCCUGUCUUCCCCAUUCCCCAGCUUCCGGUACGUACACACCGGUACCGGUAUGGUGUUGAUUGGAUGUUGGAUGGGGUCUGGAGUCUACUAGAGAGUAUUCAUCAACCACAACCAGGCGUAGGAAGAGCCAAAUUCGGGACUAGCUAUGUAGAGGUUGCGUGAAAGCAGGGGUAACAAACGGGUAAGGCUGUCUCACCACGAGGACCGAAGUGUCAAGAUUGGAAGCAAGGAAGGUUUCCUCCAAGGUCAAUGUUUUGCUUAUACCGUCAUCGCACCUUGUUUGCACUACUGUCUUCAUACGUAGCCAGCUCUAGACGUACGGUCUCUGUCAAUCUAACAAUGCCAGAGUCCUCAUACGAGCGGGUUGCCUUGAUGGAAAAGAUUGAGAGGCAGCUCUUGCUCGACGUUUUCUUGCCCCAAGAUGGCCCUCUCCGGUGUUCCUGCUCUUCCAAGAACAGUACGUUGGUGGUGUUGUCUAAUGUUUCAGGGUUUGGCUGCUCCUCUUUGUCUGUUGUGGCCUGUGGGAACAACCAUGUCCGCCACAACAACUGUAACGGUACCUACCUGAUCCGUAGGUAAAGGUUUGUAACUGUUUCACUCAAAUUUGCAAAGGAAGCAAGAGGUGAACGGCCACACAAUAGGCAAAGCCAAGGGCGGGGAAGAGAUAGAUAUUGCGCGCGACUGGAAGCUAUGCCAACUUGGGAAAUGUCCAGGCUGGGGCGGGGCUGUGAAAUUUCCCACUGGUCCAGUUCAGGAACACAGGCCAACAGGGAAUGCAUGGAGUUUUCUUUUGCGAGUGGCUUGCGCCGUGCUGGCUGGUUAUGUCGGCCCUGCUAGAGACAUGGUGGAGCAUUACAUCAAGAGCUCUGCGAGGAGGGUAUCAAUGGGUGCCCAGAAGAAACUUCUCAGGGAGAUAUGCGACAAGGUACUGAAGGUUACCACUGUGCGCAGUCACCUAGAAUUUAGGACAAGGAACAAGUACAACCCUCUGCAUGUCCAGCAAGGACAAGGAUGCCUGUUGUUGCGGGUCCGGUUCGCGGUUGCCACUCCAAGACCGGAGUCUUAAAAAUAACUCUGCUGGCUAAGCGAAUGAAUCAAUCGAAAGAUCCAAAAAGCGCAAAAGCGCAAAUCGCCUCGCCCAGCCUCGACGCAUUGUAAGCGACCAUCGUCUUUGGGUCUGGUUUGGUUGACCUGUUGUUGGGUACCGGUACCUGUUUGGUUGAUCUGUGAUUUGUUUGGUUCUGUGUUGGUCGAGCGUGGAGUGAUUGGUUUUCCCCUUGUGAUUUGGCGCUGCUCCACCUGGUUUUCUUUUCUGUGAUUGAAUUUCCAAAAUGGCCUCGCUGACAACGCCCAAGUCUUGUGGCGCGAACAGCGAGCCCAUGAUGAUCCUCGAGCCAGUGACACCCGAUCGCCUUACCAAGAGCGAGCUCCUCACCUCUGGCCUCAACUGUAAUGUGAUGGCGGAGCAAGUGUUGGGCUUUUUGGACCGUGGCAGCGUUCUCCAGUGUUUGGAAGUGGCGGAAUUGUGUGAGCGUUUUGACAUCAAGGAUCAUUAUUGUACUCUACAUGGCACAAAACUUGAAUCCCAGGUAGCGCAUCGUAGAUUCCUCAAAAAACUCGUUCGCAACGAGGACAACGACCAAGGCGACAACGAAAACCUGGAAGAAAAUGAGGCCAACAUGGACGUUGAUGACAAAGGUGGCAAGGAGGAGAAGACAGCCAAGAAAGAUGAGACCAAUGAGGUGAAGAUUGAAUGUGUGGACUGUGUGGAAGCUGAAUUUUAUCGAGAUCGCUGUAAUGUUUGUGAUCGCUUUGAACCUGUGGAUGGUCUGAUCCAAUGCGGCAACUGCAGUUACCAGGAAUGCGGUCCUUUCCUCUGGUCCUGCCACGGCUCCAUGGGCUUUUGCCGAUCCUGUUUACAGCAUGUCUGUGCAAGACCAGGUUGUAAACAAUGGGAGUACUGCGACUGUUGUUUUGAGCCACUCUGUGAGGGGUGCGAGGAUUUUAUGUUCUGCGAGGGUUGUGCAAGGCAGCGGUGCACGGAUUGUUUCUAUGAGAAUGGAAUGUGUUGCGACAAAUGCAGCGCGGAGUUGUGUGAUGAUUGUGAAUAUCAACGCCCUUGUGAAGUCUGCGGCCAAGAACUCUGUUCUAGGUGCACGAGGACCUUUUAUUGCGAGGUAGGGAAGCAUGGUGUUUGCGAAGACUGCAGCGAACUGGUCGAGUGCGACGCAUGUGACGAGGAACAUGGUUGCUUGGAGUGCUGCUAUCAAGGCUGCUUUCGGUGUGGUGCAUGCCAUGGAGUUUACUGUCGUGAGGAAUGCAAGGACUACAUUUCUUGCGAGAUUUGCUGUGAAGAAUUCUGCACUUCCUGUGACAAGGGUUGGUUUUGCCACGCCUGUCAGGAAUACCAUUGCUCCGCACAUGCUGAAUUGUCUCGCUUCCAAGGGUGCGGGAAGGGAUCUCAGGACAAGAAGUUUCAGUGCGCUGAAUGCCAGACAAUGAGCUGCUGCAGCAAGGUUUACUCUUGCUCGGAAUGUGCCAAGGAAAUCUGUGCCGGCUGCCACGAUUUUUUUGGGAUAUGCUCUUGUGGAAAAGGCAAGUUUUCUCUCAAAAAGCACAACUAAUUGGCCAGGCAAGCCAAGAAAAAGACAGCCGCACAAGUGAGAGAGAAAGGAAGGGAUUUAGACGGAAACUACACAACACGAAAAGACACAGAAACAACUUGCAUACAUUCACAUUCAUUUGAUAAAGGGGAGACGCAAGUCGUGAAGGGCAUUCAAUCGAGAUAGAGCCGGGUUCCGGGUGAGUAGUUGAUGCAUACACACGUUAAUAUUUUAUGAAGAAUAGACAACUAAAGUUCGCUAGUAGAGGGGAGAGUUUGGUCG